AUGCGCUUCAAAAUUUUCGCGGAUAAAAAUCAAGUUAAAAUAAUUAAUAUAUAUAUAGUUUCUUCGUUUAUUUUGCAAUUUAACUGUGAUCAUAUCUUUCAGAAAGUUAUAUUAAGGAGAAAAGGUUUGAAAACAAAACUACGGUUAUCUGUUUUGGAAGUAAUAAUGAAGUCCAAUAUAUGUGUGAUAUUGACAAUUCUGUGUAGUAGUAUUUCUUUCCUGAAUGCACUGAACAUUGAUAAUUUACAAAACACUGUCCAAAACUACAGCAGUCAGAAUAUAUUGAAUUUAAUUCAAAGUAUUGGUAAUCAGGUAGAUCAGUUUGUCAGACAAACAAAACGGCCAUCAGUAAUCCUUUUACCAGGUGAGGGGGAAUCGGUUCGUGCUCUACCAUUUCCAAAUUCUACGAGAAUUUAUAAACUACGAGGAAAGGAUACAAAUGGUUUAUUCACAAUGAUGGAAGGAAAUAUAUUGAUCGGUGAAGGCCCACAACUGCAUAUUCACCAUUGGGAUUGGUUUAUGUAUCAAACACGUCCAAGUAAAGAUGAAACAUUCCGGGUUCUUGACGGCGAAUUACAAUUUAUAAUUGAUAAUCGAACAUUUUUUGCUCGAGCGGGUGAAGUAAUACAUGCUCCCAAAGAAACAAAAAUGUCAUUUCGAAAUUAUAACUCAACAAAUGCUCGUUUACAAAUAAUAUUUACACCAUCUGGAAUUGAAGAUUACUUUGCUAAAGUAAGUAAAGUGUAUAUGGUUGAACCAAUUGAUCAUAAAAGAUCUGACGAAAUCGCCAAAGAAUUUGGAAUGGACAUGUUGAGGGAAUGUUUCGAUUUUAUGUAG